AGAGAGACCUUUACUAAUGGCGGUUUAUAUCUCACAAUAUCUAUAUCAGAAGACGGUUCAUUAACUACUUCUUCCUAUAAAUCAAUUACCUGGAAUUGAUCGGCAAGUUAUAGAGAGAAAGGAUCGGAAUUACCGUUGAGCGUAACUGACACGUCUUUCAAUUCCAACCUUCUUGGAUUUUUCCACCGUUGAAUGCUUUUUUCUGCUUUUGUAUGGUUUUCUCCAGCUUCAGCUCAAGACCCAGAUAACUUACCGUGUAAAAAGUGGUUAAUUCUGAUCUGGGUUCUCAAAGUCCAAUUCUAUUUGAUAAAAGAAAAAAAAACAGAGCUUUAGCUUAUCAAAUAUGGUUUAGCUUAUUUAUGGUAUUCAUUGCAAUCCGAGUUAUCGUUUUGUUGGGUUUUUGGAGGAAAACACACUAGAUUGGGUUUCUUGUUCUGGGUCUUUCUCUUUUGGUGGAUUGGUUUGAGGGAGAGUCCUUCAGAAUAAGGGGGAAAAGCUAGGUUUUUUGCUCUGUGUUUGGUUUAUGCUAUGGGGGUUUUGUGUGGGAAGCUUUGUGGUGGAGAAAAACAGCUUGAGAGUCACUUCACCAAACUCGUUGAAGGGUGUGUAUGAUUGUGCAAUUGGAAAUUUUGGGGUUCCUCAGCAUAGAGGAACCACGUUUGGCUUUGUGAUUUACCCCAAAGCCAAUCAAAAGGCAUGCAAGAGCUUCGAUCACGUAGAUAUCGCAUUCAAGGCGAAGCCCGGAAGCCUACCCACCUUCCUCCUUGCUGAUCGAGGAGAUUGUUGCUUCGCCUUGAAGGUAUGGAGAGCACAGAAUAGUGGAGCAGCAGCUAUUCUUAUUGCAGAUGACAUGAUUGAACCAUUGAUUUCCCUCGCCACUCCUGAAGAAGAGAAUGCUGAUUUUGGUUAUCUUCAGAAUAUCACCAUUCCUUCGGCCCUUAUCAGCAAACCUUUUGGGGAUAGCAUUAAGAAAGGUCUCUCUAGUGGAGAAAUGGUAAUGGCAAUGAUGAAUACGGGCUCAGCGUGACAGCCAUGUUGACUUUGUAAAGAACUUCAAAUGAGCCCCCUUCAAGUUCUUGGGUUAACAAAGGGGUGAUGUUGAUGGACAAUGCUCUUUAUGUGCUUACAAUCUUCAAAUAAGCAAUACUCUUUAUUUGCUAUUUUUAUCAUUUUCUCUGUAUUUUUAUUUUGCUAGAGUUUUGCAACUUUUCUUUUUGUUUGCUGCUUUUGUGUUGUUUGGGUUAUUGUUUUCCAGCUUUUCAGUGUUAGAUCGUUCUGCGAAGACUUUUGCAAUCGAAUCUGUGU